AUGCUGCACCCUCCUCGCUUUAGAUGCUCACUGCAAUCUGCGAAAUUUUGCCGUUCUUUUCAUACCACUCGCAUUCUGUUAGACCAAGAUCCGGUCCACAUACGAAAUACCAAUCGAUUUCGACAAUUACUGGUGGAAAAGGGAGAGUUUGCGCCGCAACAAGCUAAUGCGUUGGUGGAUAUCAUGUCCGAGGCGUUGAAGGGUGGUGUCGAACAUGUCUCGCAAGAUUUGGCCUCCAGACAGCGACUUAUUCAACUUGUUUCGCAGCAGCGAGUUGACUUCUCAAAACUAAGAGACCAGCUUUUAUCGGCAGAUCGCAGCGAGUUUCACUCCAUCCAAAGCGAGCAUGAAGGUAUUAGGAAUGAUUUGGAGAAAAUGCGGACAAAAUUGAGAGAAGAGAUCACAAGGGCGAAUGCGGGCUUCAAGCUGGACUUGUCGCUUGAAAAGGGUAGAAUACGUGAAGAAUCAAGCCACCACGAUAUGCAGAUCAAGGAAAUUGACACACGAAUUGACCAGGAAGUUAGCAACAUGAAAAUGCAGAUCGAUUCCGUGAAAACUCAGGUAAUGCAAUGGCUUAUUGGGGUGUGCACCGGUACAUUUGCCCUUGUUCUUGCAUACGUGCGGUUACUUUCUUGA